AUGUUUUGUCACCAUCAUCCCUCCCCAAUGUUUUUUUUUUUUUUUUUUUUUUUUUGUGGCACUGAUCACACCCCAUACAAUCCAGGAAGCAGCAACAUCCAGUGGAUGCACCGACUCCAGAGGCGUGGAUUCCCAGCACUGUCGCCUUCUUCAGGAUAAACACGCUCCUCUUUUGCCUUUUUUUUUUAAACGCGACUGUUCCCCCUCUGUGCAGAGACAUGUAGCGCUAGAGAGGGAAAAAAAAAUCCCAAACAAAAAAAACAAAACAUGGUCGUUUCUAAUAAUAGCCAAUCUUAUUUUGACCACACCGACGCCUUAUUGCAUUAUGGAUGCCUUUGGAAUGGUGUCCCUGCAAGAUAGCGUGGGAAUCUCUCAGUAGAGGCUGUGGCUGAGCACCCCGGGGCUCGAUGCGCCCUGCGUCCCGCCUGUAACCGCGAGAAGAGCGUCUUCCCAUUCAAUCCCCGGGGCUGCCUCCCCGCGUCAUGGCCGUGGUGUGAGUGCGGUGCUGCUGCUGCUGCUGCUGUGCGUGAGGGGAUGCGUUUUCUCCUCUGACCCGCCGCCGUAGACUUCGCCUUUUCUCUCCCCCACCCUCCCCUCCCCUCCUGCAUGCCGGAUUGCGCUCCACGGGCGCGCUAUGCGGGAGUAUAAGGUGGUGGUGCUCGGCAGCGGCGGGGUGGGGAAGUCCGCGCUGACGGUCCAGUUCGUCACCGGGACCUUCAUCGAGAAGUACGACCCGACCAUCGAAGAUUUCUACAGGAAGGAGAUCGAGGUGGACUCGUCGCCGUCGGUGCUGGAGAUCCUGGACACGGCCGGCACCGAGCAGUUCGCCUCGAUGAGGGACCUCUACAUCAGGAACGGCCAGGGCUUCAUCCUGGUCUACAGUCUGGUCAACCAGCAAAGUUUUCAGGACAUCAAGCCCAUGAGAGACCAGAUCAUCAGGGUCAAACGGUACCAGCAGGUGCCGGUGGUGCUGGUGGGCAACAAGGUGGACCUGGAGGAGGAGAGGGAGGUGUCCCCCAGCGAGGGCCAGGCGCUCGCCGAGGACUGGGGCUGCCCUUUCAUGGAGACGUCGGCUAAGAGCAAGACCAUGGUGGACGAGCUGUUCGCCGAGAUCGUGAGGCAGAUGGACUUCUGCCCUCUGCCGGACCGGAGGGAGACCUGCUGCCCCGCCUGCAGCAUACAGUAGCAGCCCGAUGGGGUCCGCCAGAGGGGUGAUGGAUGGAUGGAUGGAUGGAUGGGAGGGCGGUUAGAAAAAUUAGAAUGCAAAUGAAUUCAUGUUAGAUAGAUUGAUGGUGGAGGGGGUGUGAGGGCAAAAAAAAAAUAAAUCCACUCCCUCUUAAAACUAUUUCUACCUGCUUUCUGUAUCUAGCAGCGGAGGCCUGCGCUGUGGACGAGGGGCAUUCUGGGAAGUGUAGGAAAUCAGAAGCAGAAGGUUAAGGGAAACAUUUUUAUGUUCAGCAUACGUCACUCCUCGGACACAGGGUGGAUUUUCCCUCGAAAGAAGAAAAAAACAAAACAAAACAACAACACUUGACCUCCCACGUUCACCACCGCCCUCCUGAGACAAUUUUUUUUCAGGGGGGGUUUCCCGAAGGCAGCACGGUGCCAAAACCAUCUUAAAAGCCAUCGACGAAGAGGAUCAGAGUGCUUCUUUCGGGAAACCAGCCAUAGGCCCGAGCAGGGAUGGAAGUGUGCUCAGCGGUUUUAUCGGUCCUGUUUUUUCUUCUGCUUGUGUUUUUCUUUUUCUUUUUCUUUUUUUUUUACACUUUUGGGACCUUGUUUUUGACAGUGCAAGACCAGUCACCAAGUAUCUGAGCGGAUGUCAAGUAACACCACUGUGAAGGAGUCGUACUGGAAGGCAGUUUUUACAGCAGGCCCGCCUGACUACGAAUGAAUGAAUAAAUAGCUGAACGAAUGUUUAAAAAGAAAAAAAAUACAACAAAAAACGCACCUUUGGGGAAAUUCAUUCGGAAGAUCCCAAAUGUUGACAUACUGUGGAUGACGCGUGCAUGACGUUGUACUGUCACACUGACAUCGAGUACAAUCAAACUCACCCAAAGAGACAAUACCAAUCAGUCAGCUGAUCAAUCAUUCAGUCAGCCAAUCAAUCAAUCAGCCAUUCAAACGUACGGACACUUGUCUUUACACCUUACAGAUGAUACAAAUGCCUUGUUACAUUGUAUGACGUGAACAUCAGUGUCAGUGUAUAGUUCAUUUAUCUUAAGUCACAUAAGAUAUGUUAGUGGUUCAAUGUCAGAAACACUUAUUUUCAACAAAAAAAAUAAAUCUUUAUGCACAAAGGUGU